AUGAAAGAAGCUGAGAAGCCACGUGCAGGGGACAAAUUCUGCUGCAUUUCCAAGCUGAAGGUAUUUCUGCUGGUGCUAUCACUUGCAUUUGUUGGUAAAACAAUGUCUGGUGCUUACAUGAACAGCAUGUACACACAGAUCAAGAAACAAUUUAAUAUUCCAGCUUCUUUAGUGGGGAUCAUUAAUGGAAGCUUUGAAAUUGGCAACUUGCUGCUGAUAGCAUUUGUGAGUUACUUUGGAGCAAAGCUUCACAGACCCAGAAAAAUUGCUUUGGGCUGCACAAUUCUGUCAUUUGGAUGUCUUUUGAUAUCACUUCCUCAUUUCCUGUUUGGAAGGUAUCGUAUUGAAAGCAGUAUUUCACCACUGGAGAAUUUUUCAUUCAUGCCUCUGUGCCUUGUUAAUCAAAGCUUGUUCUCUUUACCUACAGAGGAACCAUCAACAGAAUGUGAAAAAGAGCCUGGGUCCUUGCUGUGGAUAUUUGUGAUGGUUGGAAACAUAGUACGAGGAAUGGGUGAAACCCCCAUCAUGCCUUUAGGCAUUUCAUAUUUGGAGGAUUUUGCCAAAGCAGAGUAUUCACCUUUCUACCUGGGAUGUCUACAUACAGCAACUGUAAUCGACCCCUUCCUUGGUUUCUUGUUGGCAUCAUUCUGUGCAGAACUGUUUCUUGAUCUGGGAUCAGUAGAUGCAGAGGACAUAACUAUAACAACAUGGGUUGGAGCAUGGUGGCUGGGCAUUUUGAUUUGUGCAGCACUGAAUCUUCUUGCAGGAAUACCUUUUUGGUUUUUGGCCAAGUAGCUUGUGAAGGAAGAAGAAACAAAUGAACCUGAGGAGACGAGUAAAAAAAGUGUAGAACUAUUGCAAGAAAAUGAUAAAAAUGAAGCCAAAUAGACCAUGUAUGAAAUUGCUAAAGAUUUCAUCCCGUUCCUCAAGGCUCUGUUUCACAACCCGGUUUAUAUGUUAUUUAUAUGCAUAACUGUGUUACAGUUCAGUGCCUUCAAUGGCAUGAUAUCCUUCAUGCCCAAAUAUUUGGAAGAGCAGUUUGGAAAAUCUGCAUCGGAUGCCAUCUUUUUAAUUGGUGUUUACAACUUACCAAUUAUAUGCGUUGGGUAUUUUUUUGGAGGCUUAUUCAUGAAGAAAUUCAAGAUCAAUAUCUAUCAGACUGCGAACAUAGCAUUUUGGGUAUCUUUACUGGAAUACCUUCUCUACUUUGCUGCCUAUUGGACUGUCUGUGAUACUUCACCAGUUGCUGGCCUAACAGUUUCCUAUGAAGG